AUGCAGCGUGCGCUGGGGCUGCAGCAAGCUGGAUGCAAUAUUUUUCAGUCAGGAAGGCGACAUCGCCCGAACCUGUGGCACACUUUUCAUUUCCGACAUACGAUAUGCCAAGCAGCGUCGACGCUGAGCAACGGGGAGUCAGAAGCGGCGUCAGGCUCCGCCCAGACUUCCCACAGCAAAGCCGUCACCAGCGUAGCAGCGCCAGAAGCGGCGUCCAUUACGGGAACCUCUCGUGAGCAUCAGCCACAGCAGCAGCAACAACAACAAGCGCGUGCCGGAUCGACCAGCAGCACCGCCGACCCAACCGCUGCAACGUCUGCUGCGUCUUCGGUGGACGGUACUGGCGCGGCGCAGCAGCCGCUCUGUAGCCCGUCCCUCCUGCGCCGCUUCGCCGCCUCCAACUCCCUCCUUGAGGUCGCGGAAGCGCUGGCGGCGGAGGCGCCGGCGGGGUUGCAGGAAGAGGACGCGCGAACAAUGUUGAGCUUCUUCUUGCAGCGUGGCAAGGUACAGCUGGCCUUGGCUCUGUAUAGGGAAAUGUGCUUGGCGGGGCGCGGCGGCCGCGGUGCUGCCAGCCGCUCAUUGGACGUUGCCUUCGCUUGGCCUGCAUCCACCCUAGCAACGACACGGGACCUGGUGCUGGGCCUUUGUCAGCAACUGUGCACCGUGGAAGCAUUACAGCCGCAAGAGGGCGCCAAGACUGUCGCAGACAGCUACUCGCGCUACGAGUACGAGGUGUUCAGCGGCACCACCGUCAGCUGCUCCAGCACCGCGCUCGUGCCGUCGGGCAAUCUGUUGCUCACGUUGUCCCGCGCUGUGGGACUCAUAAAGAAGCCUCCCGUGGCCGCCAUACACGAAUUUGUACUGCAGGCGCCGGACAGCACCUCUCGCACCUUUCGGGUGGGAACCGAGACGGCCGCGGUGCCAGCCCAGGUGGGUGAGCGAGUAACCGUGGUGAGCGCCCCCAUGCGCAACAUCCGGAAGGCCGGCCUCUUUAACGCCUCGCCACCGGGGACCAAAGUCGGCGAAGCGCUCACCGCUACCAACCAUAAAACCGGUGCCGUGUUGCCGCUGCUGCGGCCACCCGUCUCCGCUGAGCAGGCCGGCGUGCCGGGCUGGGUGCUGCCGCUGGCAGUCGUGCUCACCGGCGGCGACGCCGCGUCGUCCCUGCUGGACCCUGCGCUGCCACUGCUGCUGGCGGCAGUUCGUGUGGAGUAUGUACGGCAGCAGCUGCUGGGGCAGUACAGUGCCUUGGCGGCCAAAGCGGAGGCGGCGCUAUCUGAAAGCGCGGAGGAUGUGCGCUUUCUGGCGCGCCUGUGGCAGCUACAGAACAAGAUGGAGGCAGUAAGCGCGGCGCCGGCGGCAGCUGGGCUAACCGGAACAGGCGGCGGAGCCGCCGCCGCCUACGAGGCCCGCAUCGGCCGCGUGGCGCGCGCCCGGGCCAAUAUUGAGGAGCGGCUGACUCGGCGGAUCGAGCUCUUGGAGGGUUAUAGUCGUGUUAUGAACAUGAUCGAGAUUGAGGUUGAGAUGGAUAUCGAGGUCCCUGCGGCGGAGUUGGCGGGCAUUGAAGAGCAGGUGGCGCGGCUGGUGGAGCUGGAGAGUGUACAGGAGGACUGGCGCGCGCAGGCAGAGGCGCGGGACGAGGUCGAACGCCUGCUCAGGGCGGCGUAG